GUAAGUGAAUUAAGAGGCCAGGUUUUCCCUUCCUCUUUCACUUGGCUAUAAGAGCAGGCAGACUGCAGCAGAGUGACAGAGAGGAAGACUCUUCUGAUCCUGAGAAACUCACUGCUGCAGAUAUCAAGAUGUUCCUGUUGAAGUGUCUGCCUCUGGUGGCGCUCAUAGCCGUCGCUUUCAGCGCCAAUCCAGGCGUGAAGAUCAGACUGACACAGAAAGGGCUUGAAUAUGGGAGACAACUGGGCAUGGCUUCACUGCUGGAGAAACUCAAGACCGCCCAGAUCCCAGAUUUUUCUGGGAAAGAGAGGGUGUCUCCCAUCGGGAAAGUCCAGUACAGUCUGACAAAUAUCCGUGUGGUGAACUUGGGGCUGCCUCAGUCAGCUUUAAAUCUUGUGCCAGGAAGUGGGGUGCAGCUGAGCAUCACCAAUGCCUUCAUCAGUCUGCAUGGAAACUGGAGGGUCAAGUACCUGAGGGUCAUAAAGGACAGUGGCUCCUUGGAUGUCAGCGUUAACGGGCUUUCCAUCUCGCAAACCAUCGCCAUCAAGAGUGACGCAACGGGAAAACCGGAGGCCAGCAGUGCCAGUUGCUCAGCCUCGGUCAGCAGCGCCAAGGUCAAGUUCCACGGUGGAGCCAGCUGGCUGUACAAUCUGUUCAGCAAAUUUAUUGACAAAGCUCUGCGGAAAGCUCUGGAGAAACAGAUGUGUCCUUUAGUGGCCAAAUCAAUCGCCGACUUAAACCCGCGUCUGAAAACUCUCAAUGUUCUUGCCAAGGUGGACAAAUACGCAGAGAUUGAAUACUCCAUGGUGUCGUCACCUGAAAUCUCCCAGCCUGCCAUCGAUCUGAACCUUAAGGGUGAAUUCUACAACAUCGGGAGGCAUCAGGAGGCUCCAGUCCCUGCUCCGGCCUUCUCCCUGCCGGCUCAGAGCAGUAACAUGAUCUACAUUGCCCUGUCCUCCUACACCCCCAACUCUGCAGGUUUUGUCUACAAAAACGCCGGCGUACUCAGCAUGUACGUCACCGACGACAUGAUCCCACGCAGCUCCCCGAUCCGGCUGAGCACCUCCACGUUCGGCUUCUUCAUCCCACAGAUUUCCCAGCAGUUCCCCGGUCUGAUGAUGAAGAUGCUGGUGAAGGCGGACAAGAACCCUGUCGUCAAGUUCCAGCCCAACACCAUGACUGUCGACGCCACCGCCACAGCCACGGCCUACGCCAUCCAGCCCAACGGCACGCUGUCACCGCUUUUCGUCCUCAACGUGGAGACCAGCGUCAGCGGCCAGAUGUCCGUGAGCGACCUGAAGCUGGCCGGACGCAUCUCACUGGACAAAAUGAAACUGACUCUGGGUACCAGCUAUGUGGGAGACUUCAAGGUCAACUCCCUUGACAACAUCCUACAAGUCAUCCUGAAACUGGUUGUAAUUCCUACAGUGAACGUUCAACUUUCUAAAGGUUACCCUCUUCCUGCGCUCGGAAGCAUGAACCUCGUCAACACUCAGCUUCAGAUCAUGCAGGACUACUUGCUGAUCGGAACAGACGUUCAGUUCACCGGCUAAACCCUGAGAACUUCCCCAGAAAAAGGAGAAUUCUGGAAGAGUGAGACAGCUCCAGAACUAAAGUUUCCUCUAAAUGUCGCCUGCUUUCAUUUUUUUUUACUUUGUUUUCCCCUAAGAUGAACUCACCUUUUCAGAAAUAUCACGCUCUUUCCAAAAUCAGGUUAGAGCCCUUUCGGCUGCAGACUUGAGCUGAAAACGUGGACUGACUUUUCCAAGAUGUCCUGAUUCAUCACUUUUUUUUUUUAUAUCCGUCCUGUAAGUUCUGUCUUUCAAGUCACUCUCAGGUGUGACAAACUCAGAAUACGCUGUGGAAAGCACCUGCCGUGUGUUUAAACAUCUCCGUCCGUGAGGAGCCGCCGCUGUCCGUCAAAGCGGUUCCUGGUCAGCCGAUCCUCUCGGGGAACUGAGACCGAGCGCUCGACCUCUCAGGCUCUGAGAACUGGCCGACAGGAUCUACACCAGAAACAAGUCAUUGAAUGUAGCAAAACCACUGAAACGCCUUGAUGAUGAUGAUGGAUGUGUGAAAAACAAAUGUUUGUGCAUUUAAAUAAACUUGUUUUACAAAAUAAAA